AUGCUUCUUUUGCUCUACACUGUCCGCGAAACGUAAACGCGCUCCACUGCAAUCUCCGUGAAACAAAUUGCAUGGGUAUCUAAACGUCGAGGUCUCCAAUUUUCUUCAAACGUCCACUCUCUUUCACUAUCACUCAACAUUUCCUCUGUCAUUCUGUACCUAUCGGCCACUGUUCUUCGGAAAAACGGCUGAAAAUGAGCGGGUGGCCGCAAAAAUCCGCAAAUGGCCUAGGUUUUGCACGCUGGAAAAGCACGGCCGCCACUUGAUUUUCCUUGAAUUUUCUCGCUUUUUCGCAAAUUUUCCUCGGAUUUUCGCAGUUCUUCGUCAUUUUUCAGCGUGUUCUACUCGGAUAAUCGAUGACUUCGAUCGCGGAGCCGCCAAACCGCCCGUCUCCGCAGAAUUGACUUGAAAAAUAGCUGGUAAAGGAAAAUGCAAAACGCUUUUAAAAAAAUUAAUUUUAGCCCGAUGCGACGUCGGCGUUUGGCCCGAUGGAAUCCGUGCAUGGCCAGGACUCGAGCUCAGCGAGAAUUUGUAAAAAAAAUUCGCAUGUCGCCGGUCAAGAAACGAGAAAAGUGAAAUUCUCGGCGGUAAGUCCGGUUACUUGCGUUUUUCUUCUACAAACUGUCAAAAUAUUGCAGCGCGAGCAUUGAAAUGCAUCCAGAGAGCCGUUUUCCACGCUGGGUACGUUUUUAUCGCGGAGAUUUGAAAAUCCGCAGAGAAAAGCAUAAAGACACCGUUUUUCUCGUUUCUAAAGGUUUGUUCCGAUAAAGUGUUUAUAAAUAUAGACUUUGCCAUCGCUUAUUCCAUUCCCACACUAUAUAUAUAUGUUUGUCUCCCUCCGAAUCUUUAAUAUGCUCGAUUUUAAUUUCAAUUUCGUUUCCAUCCUCCAAUCCUCCAAUUUCUCGCUUUUCCCCUUUCAAGAGUAUAGAAAAAAGAGAAUUUUGUGGUGUCGGCCCAAGAGAAAUCCGUUUUUCGGCUGUUUUGCCGGUGGGACCACUAAAUUCAUGCAAAUUUAUGUAAUUGGAUGCCGUUCUUGCCCAGAUUUCGGGCAUUUUUGCCAAUUGACAUAUUCACGUUUACAUGUAAAUUGUUUGUAAUUGUACGGAUUGCUUACACCCCGCUCAAGGUACGAAAUGACGUGCGGCUUCGAAGAUGCAAGUGGGCGGCGGGUUUCCUUCCGUUUUAGUCGUAUUUUAGUAGAAAUCCAAUUUAUUCUACAAAUUCUCGCCCACUUUCCGGUCUUUUAUUCCAACUAAUUAGGCUACGCCAUUUUAAUUGGCCUCUCGAUUACUGUAGGAAAGGGGCGGAGCUCUGGUCCAGAUUUUCGAAUAUUUAUGAUAUAGCCUUUUCAUUUCUAUUUUUCUGGAUAUUCUGGAGCUCGCCGCGCUAGUCUUUACACCAUCUUUAACGCGAAAAAAUGGCGCAAAGAUGUCCGUAAAGACUGGCGCGUCGGUGUACGCUCACGCAUUUUUAUAUACUAUUCCUUUACAAGACUUUUUUCUGAAUCCUUUAGAUAUUUGAAGUAAAUACGUGUUUGCAGGUAAAAUGAAGGUGCCACUGAUAGCUGUGCUCAUGUUCGCCGUCAUGCAAAUCGCCGCGGCAGCGAGCCUCUACUUUGCAGGUAAACAAACGCGCUCCACCGAACUUUUUGGUAGAUUUUGUAGUGUUAAGACACUAUACUAUCAAUUAGAGGUAGUUGACAACUGUUUUCUACGAACACUUCUUGGAUUACUAUUGCUCGCUGCAGUUGAGAGUAGCAUGAAUUUUAGUGUAAUCUACCAAGAGCUACAGUGCCCUUAGGAAUGAUUUUUCACAAAAGUUGUCAACUACAAAAAUAAAGUACUAGAAAUGGAACACAUUUUGACAGUUGACAACUUCUGCGUACAACCUCUCCUAAGGUUACUGUAGCGCUUGGAAGUUAGCAAUACCUAAAGUCUCCAAUUUUUGCAACUUGACAAUACUCAAUCAAAGAUACGCUUUUCAACGUUUCCACAAUGUUCUGACCGGUAUUAUGGAUUCUUUAAAAAGAUCUUUGCAGGAUUCCCAGCAGAAAGCGAGCGAACAAUGAAACGAUCGAUGCCGACAGAUCCGGACUGGAAUCAGUUGGGAUGGGCGUGGGGGAAGAGAAGCGGCGUCGCUCUGAACGAGGUAUGUGUGAUAAUAUAUAUCUACAAUAUCAGUUGGAUAAUAAAUAUUAUGCAAUUAAGAUUCCUCGUCGUCUCGUUCGCGCUCUUCAUCCCGUCAAAAAGAACCCGGACUGGCAGGAUUUGGGCUUCGCCUGGGGACGACGUUAA